GAGAGGAGAGAAGCACAGAGCUACAAGCUGCUCAAGGGAGGGAGAGAGAGAAAGAGAGAGAGAGAGAGAGAGAGAGAAAGCUGAAGCUGCUCAAAGAGUCUCUACCCGCACCUUAUGAUGAGGGGGACAAUUUUCUCCACUGCUGCUCUCCUCUUCAUCAUCUCCACCGUCCUGUGGAGCAUUUCACAAGCCAAUGAAAACAGCAACGCUUUGGAGGAUUGCUGCCUCUCCACAAGCGAUGCUGAGGUCCCAGUGAAGAUCGUGAAGGAUUACAAAAUGCAAUUACCUGGCAAUGGCUGCAAAAUCGAAGCUGUGGUCUUCCUGACUAAGCAACGGAAACAUCUGUGCAGCCCUCCAGAGGCAAAAUGGGUGAAGGAUCUGAUUCGCAAGAUUAACAGAAAGAAGAAAUCUUCAAAGAAGAGGCAACAGAAAGCCCAGAAAAAAAAGAGGCGACAGGCAUGAGGAGAGAUUGAGGGUCAGCAAACUUUCCGGCUAUUUCCAACUACAAUAAGUAAAUAC